AUGGUGGAAGUGAAGUCAAUGUUCCGGGAAGUUCUUCCAAAACAAGGGCAAUUGUCUGUGGAAGAUGUAACCACAAUGGUGCUGUGUAAACCCAAACUUUUACCCUUAAAAUCUCUGACUCUGGAAAAACUGGAGAAA